GACGUAGGAAAUGCGUCCAUCCGUCCGCUCCGCACGAGCGCCGGCAAGACACGGCGAAAGUUGCGGGAACGCCCGCAGCGCUGCAGCGGCGCUGCGCACGGCCCCCCGCGCCGACCAAUGAGCGAAGAGCGGAGGGACGCCAUUGACGGGGGCAAGGUUGCGUCAGCCACGCCAGAGGGGCCCGACCUCGGCUAACCCCCGGCACGGCGCAUAAAUGGCUUCGUCGGCGUCGCCUCCGGGUUCUGUCCGCGGCUAGCCGGGGGGUGUGUGUGUGUUGCUUCGCUCGCGGACCGUUUCACGUGCACGCGCGGACAAGUGUUGCCAUGGCGACCAAGAAGUUCGUGGACCCGUCUCCCUACACCAAGCCGCAGAGCGUCGGCCACGACAGCGACUACCUCUACAAGCAGUACCUGAAGCACUUAAGUCUGGGAGACGGCAGCCCAUUGUCCACCGGUGUGAUCAAUUUCGCCAUUUUUGGAUUGGGACGUGCUGGCACGAUCCACCUGUCCAACCUGGCCCAGAACCCGCGCGCCAAGCUGCUGUACGUGGUGGACGACGACGUGGGCCGCCACGCGCAGCUCAAGAAGUACUGGAAGCUGGACGACACCGUCUUCCUCGCCAGCAGCGGCGCCUCCGAGGUCUUCAAGGACUCCAGGGUGCACGCCGUGGUGGUGGCCUCGCCCACGCACACGCACGAGGACAUCGUGCACAGCGCGCUGGACAGCGGCAUGGCCGUGUUCUGCGAGAAGCCCGUGGCAGAGAACCUGCAGGACUCCAAGAAGUGCUACGAGCACGCCCGCCGCGUGGGCAAGCCGCUCUUCACGGCCUUCAACAGGCGCUUCGACCCGGCGUACAGCAAGCUGAGGGACCGCGUGCUGGCCGGCGAGGUGGGUCACGUGCACAUCAUCAAGACCACGAGCCGCGACGCCCCGCUGCCGACCAUAGCGUACCUCAAGGAGUCGGGCGGCGUGUACCACGACUGCUCGGUGCACGACAUCGACAUGCUGUGCUGGGUGCUGGGCGAGUACCCGACUAGGGUCGCCGUGUUCGGCCACGCCAACAUCCCGGAGAUCGCGCAGAUCGACGAUCACGACACCGUGGCCAUGAUCUUCUCCUUCCCCAGCGGCGCCGUCGGCAUGACGGACCUCAGCCGCAACGCGUGCUACGGCUACGACCAGCGCCUCGAGGCUUUCGGCCCGCGCGGCGUGCUGCGCUGCGACGACGAGAGACCCAUGUCCGGCCUGAGCAGCCAGACGGGCCUGGACGGGGCCACCUUCAACCCCAUCUACUUCUCCUUCCCCUCCCGCUUCAAGCUCGGCUACUACUACGAGAUGGAACACUUCCUCGACUAUCUGCAAGGCAAGACCACGAAGAUGCUGGUGGAGGACCACGAGGUGCUGGCCGUCAGCAAGAUAGCGACGGCGUGCGACGAGGCCGCCAGGACGGGGCGCACCGUGGACAUCACGUGGAGCAAGGACGAGCUGCCCCAGUGAGCGAGCACCGGCCCUGCGCCGCCCGCCGCCGCGCUCACGCCGAAUCUCUUAACAUUCACGGAGCACAAUUCCCAAACGUUUUGCAAAAAAAAAAAAAAAUAAUAAUAAUAAUAAUAAUGCAGUGGAAAAAUAAGACAUUAAAUAACAUCAUUUCUU